CCUUUCGCUUUGAUGCAGCCAUUGGCUGGUCUGGAAAUGUGUCUCCUUGCCAAAUACGCGGAUCCUUCCUCUCUCUUUCGCUCUUUCUGUUUUUUUCCCCCCUCUUCUGCUGGCAUUGGCACAGGCAAAUGGUUGGGGACCGAGCAUGAAAGGAGCGAGCGAGAGAGUUUAGGAGGAAAAAGGGAAAAAAAGGGGGGGGGGGGAAGGGAGGAAAACAACAACAAAACCCCCCAAAACCAAAACAAAACCCAGCCCAAAAGCCUGAGCACUUUGGGUUUUGCCAGCGGCUGAGCGCAGUCGAUUCCAGCACGGCGUCCGUCCCUUCCCCUAGGCCAGCGUUCGCCCUCCGCCUGGGCGGAGGGACCGACGGCUAACUUGGCCUCUUUGCGCCUUUGCCAGCGCCGAAAAGCCCUCUUCCCCCCCACCUCCCCGCCUGCCUCUCCUCUCCUCUCCCUCUCCCUCUCCCUGGGUUUUUUCUUCCUUCCUUCCUCUGUUUGUUUGUUUCAUUUUUUUUUCUAUAGGGGCCGUUCUGUGAAUUUCUGAUUUAUUUAUUUUGGACCUGCCGCGGGGGAGGGGGGGGUUCCUCCGGUAGAUUAUUGGGGUGCUAGAUCCAUCGCGCAACUGUGUCCCACACCUCCAUUGUCAGCCUCCUUCCUUCCUGUAUUUCUGUCCCUCCUGCCCCCCCAUUUUUUAAAAUUCUACAUUCCCUCCGCCAUUGAGAACUCAACCAACCAAGCCCCCCAUUCUCCCCUCCCUUCCUCCUCCCUUUAAAAUUUCUACCUUCCCUCCUCCUUGUCCCCUCCUCCCCUUCCAUCUCACAGCCCCCACCUCCUUUUCCCUCCCCCCCUCACCCCGCAACUCUUGAGUCCAGAAUUUCCGAAUCGGGUGCUGAGUUCUGCCGGAAUGAGAUCGAGCAAUGGAUGAAUUCCACCCUUUCAUCGAAGCUCUCCUCCCUCAUGUGCGUGCCUUCUCCUACACAUGGUUCAACCUGCAAGCUCGGAAGCGAAAGUACUUCAAGAAGCACGAGAAGCGGAUGUCCAAGGACGAGGAGCGCGCCGUGAAGGACGAGCUGUUGGGGGAAAAACCGGAGAUCAAGCAGAAAUGGGCAUCGCGGUUACUGGCCAAACUCCGCAAAGACAUCCGUCCCGAGUUCCGGGAGGAUUUUGUCCUGACCAUCACCGGUAAGAAAGCCCCCUGCUGCGUCCUCUCCAACCCGGACCAGAAGGGCAAAAUCCGCAGGAUUGACUGUCUGAGGCAGGCCGACAAGGUUUGGAGACUGGAUCUUGUAAUGGUCAUCUUAUUCAAAGGGAUCCCGCUCGAAAGUACUGACGGGGAGCGGUUGUACAAAUCGCCACAGUGCUCCAACCCCGGCCUCUGCGUCCAGCCGCACCACAUUGGAGUCACAAUUAAAGAACUGGAUCUCUACUUGGCGUAUUUUGUUCACACUCCUGAAUCCGGACAAUCAGACAGUUCAAACCAGCAAGGAGAUGUGGACAUCAAACCACUGCCCAACGGGCAUUUGACUUUCCAGGACUGUUUUGUGACGUCGGGCGUCUGGAACGUGACGGAGCUGGUCCGAGUGUCCCAGACUCCUGUGGCCACGGCGUCGGGUCCCAACUUCUCCCUGGCAGAUCUGGAGAGCCCCAGUUACUACAACAUCAACCAGGUGACCCUGGGCCGGCGGUCCAUAACGUCACCUCCUUCCACCAGCUCCACCAAGCGCCCCAAGUCGCUGGAUGACAGUGAGAUGGAGAGCCCCGUGGACGAGGUCUUCUACCCCGGGACGGGGCGCUCGCCCGCCGCCGGCAGCAGCCAGUCCAGCGGCUGGCCCAACGACGUGGACGCAGGACCGGCUUCCCUAAAGAAGUCAGGGAAGCUGGAUUUCUGCAGCGCCCUCUCCACCCACACCACCUCCCCAAGAAUGGCUUUCAGCCACCACCCGCUGCCGGUCCUUGCAGGAGUCAGACCAGGAAGCCCCCGGGCAACAGCCUCGGCCCUGCACUUCCCGUCAACCUCCAUCAUCCAGCAGUCCAGCCCCUACUUCACCCACCCGACCAUCCGCUACCACCAUCACCAUGGCCAGGACUCGCUCAAGGAGUUCGUGCAGUUCGUCUGCUCCGACGGGUCGGGCCAGGGCACCGGGCAGCCUAACGCUAGCGGCCAGGGCAAAGUCACGGGCUCAUUUUUGCUGCCGCCGCCCCCACCUGUGGCCAGACCUGUGCCCCUUCCAAUGCCUGACACAAAAUCCACCAGCACUAACCCAGAGGGCGGAGCGCCGACACCUACAUCACCCUCAUUCGCAGCGCCAGGCUCCUCCACUGCCAACCGGUUUGUCGGCAUCGGACCCCGGGACGGCAACUUUCUAAACAUCCCCCAGCAGUCUCAGUCUUGGUUCCUCUGAUGGGAUCUUCAAGAAAGAGACGAGAAAUCUCUCCCUAAAGCCCCCCAUGGAAGCGUCCGUCCUUCGCCUGGAUCUUCACUGAGCUGCUCCUGUCGAGACCCAGAGGGGGUGCCCAGCUCCCACUACCGAUGAGAAAAGUCCAACCCCCCCCCCGUCCCAGCCCCGAUCCGGAGCCAAUUUGAAUCGACGUGGACGAGGUUGGUCCUGUCCGAUGCGGACUUCCCGCGCCGCCCUUGGGAAGUAACAUCUCAAACAGCAAAGCGCAGCACCCCCGCCGCGAUCGCCGCAGGUCAGCCGCUCCGGAGCCGAGCGUCUCCCUGUUCCUGGGGCGGGGAGAUCGACAGCCCCGGAUGCGCCCGGGUCGAAAUCUCCCGAAACCCUCCAGAGCGCUGACGUGUGCCAGGAAAGAGGGGGAAGUGCUGGGAGCUUUCCAGAGCUGCAAGUGACUUAGGAUGGCAGGUUGAGGCAACGGCCAACAGCCCAGGGCGUCCAGCCUGCAGCCACGGGGUGUGUUGCACCUCGCUUAGGCCGACCCGAGCUAGCAUUCAGGUGCCGGGAAGCCGCAGCCGCGUGGGCGAGCCCGGGUAAUUACUCGGCUGCGGCAUCCUGCUCUGGCCCCCGAGCUCGCUCGGCUGAAGCCAUGAGCGGGGAUCUCCCUGCUGGCACUGGUUCGGCUCGUGGGGUGAACAGAGCGAGAACCGAACCAGCUGGCCUGUCCCACAAACAUAUUUGCGAAUUCAAAAAUUUUUCCUGUCUCAAAUUGGGGUGAAAAAUGGAAAUCUCAAAAAUAUUUGCCAGCCGGAAACCUGACGAAAUUUUGUUGUGGGUCAUUUGAAAUAUUUCAUUUUUUCCAUUUGGGCCUUUUUUUCCUGGGGUUUUAACCUUUUUUUUUUUUUUCAGUCAAAUUAGCUUAAUGUCAGGUCGAACCAGAAAACUGGAAUUUUGCCUUUUUUGCAAGUUUGUUCCCGAUCAGGAGACGCAGCCGACACGCCCGUUCCAGGAACGGUGCCAUUUCGGCAAAGCUGCGAUUUCCAAGGAAAAAAUGAUUUGUCACAGCCUCCCGGCCAGCGCAGGGCAAUGGAAAAUCGGUCUUCAAUGGCGUGUGACCUGCCCUGUCGCUGUUUCACUUGCCUCGUCUGCAUGAGAAGGCAACACUGGUUUAACUUCACCUGCUUUAAAUGCACAACUCAAGGGGUGAAUUUAAACCGGUUUCAAGGGCCUGCUGUGAACCGGACCCAUAGAAGUGGUUUGACAUUGAUGUACGUGCGUCCACACAGGUGCUGGCACCAGUUUCAUCAAACCGGUUUAACUGAAGUCAGGCCAGUUUUGCAGGGAACAAACUUAGUGCAUCCAAGUCACGUGGGCGCUCUGGAAAUCCUCCCUCUCUGGCCGGCAAUGAGCCACCUUCCCAGUUCAAUUCCGGACGCUCGGGCCGGGAGAGGCCGCUGCCCAAGGAGCCCCAGGAUUGGGUCCCCUCCGUCUUCAUCCUGGGGCAGCCGGAUCCUCCAGGGCGCCCGGGAAGAUUCGGCCCCGGCGGGGUGUUUCUGGCAGCCCUGGAGAAAUGCAGCCGGGAAGGCUACAAAACUUCCUCCUGGCCGCCCUGCCCUGCCCCUGCCUCGCCCUCGGGCUGUCCACAGCCCUCCCCCCGCCCAGGGGCCUUCUGGGUGCCGGGGGGGCUCAGGACCUUAGCCCAGCAUCGCCUGCAGGGACUGGAGCCGAGCUGUGCCGCUGAGGAUGCUGGGAAUUUACCCAGGAUGCUUGGCGGCCGAGGGACUCAGGUUGGCUCCGUUGUCCCCCCUCGUUCCGGCCGUACUGGGAGUCGUGAGGAAGGCUAAGCAGAGACGCUCCCGGCCGCAGGGGCAGAGGGGGCUGCGCGCUCCCUUCCCGGCCCCCCUGUGUCAGCCUCUCGCUCAAGAGCUCCCCCGGGCGGAUGAAGUGGGAUUCUGCCCGGGGGGGGACACAGUUAGAUUAUUUUAGUCUCCUUCCCAGUGGCUCCCAGCAUGGUCCCCCUUCCCCCCUCACAAUGGGGCUCUCUCCAGCCCUGAAAAUGCAGCGCUGGGGGGGUCCCUUUGCAAACAACCCCCCCUUCCCCAGGAAAUCAGCUUCAGCUAAGGGCGCCCGCCAAUGCUGCCAACCCCCGGGCAUGGCUGCUCUCCUCCCUUUCCGAAUCCCCCCUCCCCAGGGAAAGCGCUGGGGGAGCCGCGGCAGCUGGUUUGGGCCGGGGGGGGGCGUCUGUGAGGUCUAGCUCAGCUGACAGCUGUUUUCUUUCCCCUUCUCCCCACCGCGAUCUGUUCUCGCUUCCUUCCUUCGGAUUUGCUGCUUGGUGGUUGGUUUUUUCGUUUUAAAUAGUUGGAUCCUU